CAUCUAAUCUAUUCCAACUAUGAUAAGAAGUCAUUUUCCACAAGUCCACAAACCAUAAUGCCCCCAUAGAAUUCUUUAACACUAGAAAAUAAAAGUGAUUGGCGAUGAGUGGAGAUGUAUGAAAAAUUGUGGGCAAUGGUUGCUUACUUUUCUGCAACAAAGACAGAGACCACUCUUUGGAAAAUACAAAAGAAGGGACGAAAGAAGUGCACAAAACACCUUCAUUAUUCGAGAGAGAGACAUGGAAAUUUUUAGCCAUGAAGGUAAUAUAACCUCCUAGGAAAGGUAAGGAAGCUCCACCCUCCUCCAACUGCACAAAAUUGCAUACCCAUCUCUCUAUCUCACUGUUGAUUAUUUUCUCCUUUGUUCCUGCUCUUUGUGAUCAUGGAAACUAGAACCAUUGGUGUUGCUGCUGCGGCACCUGGAGGGCCACCCGGCAACCAUUCCCUUAAACACCAUCAUUCUCAUUCUCAUCUUCUUAGCCAACACCAUACCUUACUUUCCUCCACUUCCAUUCGUAUCAUGAUCAUAUCAGGCAUCUCAAUUGUUGUUCUUUUCCUCAUCUUUCUAAUUAUAGUCAUGCUUCGAAGACUCAAAUCCGCUAAAAAUAGAAGCAGAUGCUUUAAAGACAAUAAUGGUUGUAUAAACAACGCCAGUUGCAGGUUCAUCGCUCACACCGCCAUAGCAUUCACUUCUAGCCCAGAUGUGAAGGGAGGUUGCCUAUAUGGAAGCAAUUUGGGUCAUAAAUCUCCGAGAAAGUAUGGAGGAGCCCAAGUUUUCACAUACAAGGAGCUUGAAGUGGCCACAGACAGAUUCAGUGAAGCAAAUGUAAUAGGAAAUGGAGGUUUUGGAGUGGUGUACAGAGGUAUCCUGGCAGAUGGUACUGUGGCUGCCAUUAAGAUGCUGCGUAGGGAAGGAAAGCAAGGGGAACGUGCAUUCAGGAUAGAGGCAAACCUUCUAAGCAGGUUGCAUUCCCCAUACUUGGUGGAACUACUUGGCUACUGUGCUGACCAGCACUAUAGGCUCCUAAUUUUUGAAUUCAUGUCUAAUGGUACACUUCAAAAACAUCUCCAUCACAAGCAAUAUCAGCCACUGGAUUGGGGGACCCGGUUACGGAUAGCCCUUGAUUGUGCUAGGGCCCUAGAGUUCCUCCAUGAACAUACAAUCCCAGCAGUUAUCCACCGUGAUUUUAAGUGCAGCAACAUUUUGCUUGAUCAAAAUUUCCGUGCCAAGGUUUCAGAUUUUGAAUUUGCCAAGAUGGGUUCAGAAAAGAUCAAUGGUCAGACGUCAUCAACACGUGUGCUGGGGACCACAGGUUAUCUUGCUCCAGAGUCUGCCUCGACAGGUAAGCUGACGACAAAAUCAGAUGUAUACAGCUAUGGUGUUGUUCUUUUACAGCUCCUAACUGGCCGGAUACCCGUGGACACCAAGCGGCCUCCUGGUGAACAUGUCCUUGUCUCCUGGGCUCUUCCAAGGUUAACUAAUAGAGAAAAGGUAGUGGAAAUGGUUGACCCAUCUCUUCGAGGCCUCUACUCAAAGAAAGAUUUAAUUCAGGUAGCUGCCAUUGCAGCCAUGUGUGUGCAACCCGAAGCAGAAUACCGGCCUUUAAUGACAGACGUGGUGCAGUCACUAAUCCCUCUGGUCAAGAACCUCUCUUCCACUGCUUCCUCUAGAUUUCGGAAUCACAUAGUUAGUCCCAGCUGUUAGGGACAGUUCUGAAAUUGUAGAAUCGUACAACUCUCUUCUGCUUCGCUCUACGUUGUCAGGUUAAUAAUCAAUUUGAUAGAACUCUAAUCUUUAGAAUUGAAACAAAGGUUUUUAGACGAA